AUGCGAAACGACUAUGCUGACUUAAAGAAAGAAGCAGAGAAGCCGGUAGAAAAUAAAAUGGACAUGCUGUCAUUUCUGAACAAAAACUAUCCAACUGCUGACGAUUUCCUUCUAUCUGACGUCAAGAAGAAGUAUAAAGAAACCUUCGGCAUUGUUAAAACUUUUGAUAUCCUCAGCGAAGAAAUAGAAGCUACGAAAUUGUUUAGGAUUUCAAAUAUACAUCGUACAAUUCAUGUAAAACGCUUGUGA